AUGCCGGCUCCGCUGGUUAAAGUCUUGCAUCGCCUGCAGGAGCUAUUCCAGAACGUGGUCGCCGCUCUCGAGACCAUGAUCCUCUUUCCCUCCCUCUUUCGCGGCUUCGGCCACAAACGUCGCAAACCAUUCUUAGGUGCCCACUGGCGCCGUCGCUCUCUUGAUGAUUUCGCUAGUGAGGUGGAAACCCUCUUUACAACACCCCUGUCGACAUCCAAAAUGCUGGAUAUGUCGGAGAAGAUCCGCGUACAAUUUCGCCAUUGCCUACAAACCUCCCCAUGCAACAUGUUACCAUCCUACACCCAUGCUUUACCGAGUGGGUCUGAGAAAGGCACAUACUUAGCACUGGAUGUAGGUGGAUCAACAUUUCGGGUUGCUUUGAUUGAACUGCACGGACGGGAAGAGGAAAUGCGCAUCGUGCGGGUAGCGUCGUCGCAAAUCGAUAACACAGUGAAAUUAUUGGAAGGAACACAGUUCUUCGACUGGAUGGCAGGAGAGAUUGAGAGAAUGCUCAUGGAUGUUGGAACGGAUUAUGGACGUGGUGAGGCAGCUUUGCCAAUAGGUCUCUCGUGGUCAUUCCCCAUAGAUCAGACCUCAAUGAGUAGCGGACUGGUGAUUCACAUGGGCAAAGGAUUCCACUGUUCAAACGGAACCGUUGGACAGGAGCUAGGUCAAUUAUUGAUUGACUCUUGUCGCAAGCGUAGUUUGAAUGUGGAGAUGGCUGCUAUUGUCAAUGAUAGCUCCGCUGCAUUGCUGUCGCGUGCCUAUGUCGACCCGAAGACACGCAUGUCGUUGAUCCUUGGAACAGGUACCAACAUGGCCAUCCACUUCCCUGUGCACGAAAUCGGGCGCACCAAGUUCGGCAUACGUCCAGAAGGCUGGUUUGACUAUGCAAAGUAUGUUAUUGUCAACACUGAGCUGAGCAUGUUUGGUGGAAGUGUCUUACCAAUGACUCGCUGGGACGAUAUCUUGAACAUGACUCACUUGCGACCCGACUAUCAACCGUUGGAAUACAUGAUUACGGGCCGGUACUUGGGUGAGAUUGUUCGACUCAUUAUGGUUGAAGCGGUUGAGACGGCGAAACUGUUUGGUGGAGAGCUGCCCCAUUCAAUGCGUGAGCCUUACUCCUUCGAUACAAGCAUUAUUGCAUUCCUGGAGGACGAUUCUUCUGCCUCUCUGUCCGCCUCUGCUGCGCUUUUACAGAAACAACACACUUUCCCCGGCUGUCCCUCUGUCGAGGACCUGCGCUUCAUCCGCCGCGUUUCUCAAGUUGUCUCCCGCCGCGCUGCCGCAUACCUAGCCACUGGUAUCCACAGCAUGUGGUGCCUGGGCAAUGAAGUUGAAUCCACAUCAACAGAAUCUGCAAAGGAUAUCUUGAAAGAGGCUCCCGGGAUUACCGUUGUGGAAAGCGAAGAGGCCGUGAAGAACAUCUCUAUUGCGUGCGACGGUACUGUCAUCAACAAGUACCCCGGCUUCCGUGAUAACUGCCAGAAUUACCUCGAUGAACUAUCCGAACAGUCCCACCCAGGUUCUAAAUCUGCCAUUUCUCUGAACCUUGCUCCUGAGAGUGCAAUCUUGGGUGCAGCAGUGGCUGUAGCCGUGGCAGUGGCUGAGAAAGCCGAGCAGCGCUAA